UCUUCCGUCCCGUCCCGUUCGCGGUUCGCCCACUCCCCAUCCCCAACGCUAUCAUGGCCUCGCUCCACCCCACGACGGCAAUGCUGCUGGCCCAGCGCCAUUCUCCUGCACCAUCUCUCAGGUCUCAGCACAUCGUCGCUCUCAUGGUCUGCCUCCGUAGCCAUCUUCAGCAUCGAGUCGGCCCCUGGCCUCGCUCUCUACUCACCGGUCCCGCCUCCGGCAACCGCCAGAGCACGGUGGUGUGUGCGGCGUGGACGCGGCGGUCGCGCGGGGAGACGGAGCAGCGGCCCAACCGCAAGUCGUGGAAACAGACAUGUACAUGCGCCCCUUCCUGCUCAAUUUUUUUUCCCUCCAAGCGCUUCGUGCACGCAAAGGUCAUGCACAGGGGCACCAGCAAGGUCAUCGCCGUGGCCACCACCAACGACGCCAAGGACUUCCGGCUCACCCUCCCAUCCCUUGUCGACGACAACGCCUGCAGGACCACCGGGAGGCUCAUCGCCGAGAGGUCCAUGGACGCCGACGUCUUUGCUUUGGCCUAUGAGCCCAAGAAGAACGAGAGUCGAGAGCAAGCUUGGCAUCGUGAUUGAGACCAUUAAGGAGCACGGCAUCGUCUUUGUAUAGGCGAGUUUCAGGGUAGGAGUGUGGCUGUUGUGUUUUAGUUUCGAAUCCUGUAGCCUGGAAAUUGUUACUUUAUUUAGAUCAAAACAAAUGGAAAUUGUUGCUGACAAUUGCUGCUGUCAGUUCAGAAGUUCGAUGAAAUUGCAAAAGUUUG